UUUCUUUCCUCUUUCUUUCACUUUUUCAUUUUUUUUUUCUCUUUUCUUAUACACAUUCCUAACUCCCUUUCUCUUUAUUUUAUAUACUUUUUUCUUUUCCCGUUUUAAAUGGAUCCACAAACAUGUACUAUUAUUUUAUUAAAGCAAACAAAUCCAUUUUAUAUUUCAGACAAUGAUGAAGACACAACUAUUGCUUUACUAAAAAGUGUAUUUGGACAUGGUAAAAUCUUAUUGUCAUUAUAAUAAAAACAAAGUCAUUAAUUUUAAGCUUUUUGUUUGUUUCAUUUCCCAUUUUUCUUUUUCCUACUUUAUUUUUUCCUUGCCCUAAAUAAAAAAGUCCACAAAGAAUCAAAUCUCGAAUCAUGUCUAAAUUAUGUAAAAUUACUACCAUCAUCUUCAACAAUGUUAUUAUUCGAAUUAGACGGAGCAAUUUCAACAACUGACCAACUCGAUUUGGUCACUCAGCUAGUAGACCGAAUGCCCGAUACAGUACCUGUCAUUAUUUGUUCACCGAAACAGGAUGCUAGUUUUAUGCUCGAAUGUAUUCAAGCAGGCGCCGCUGAUUACUUGCUGGCACCGUUAAGACCAGAUGUUAUAAAGACUUUAUUUUUGACACUUCAUCGGCAGCAUUCGAAAUUAACAGAAUCGACCCUUUAUCAAGAUCAUCUAGUUUCGUCUAGUACCAUUAGUACAGUGACCUCGGUUAUUUCGCCAACUACGCCAACAGUUUUAUCGUCCCAACCGGAUAGAAUAAAGGCAUUACAUAUAAAAGAUAUACAUAAUUUUACGAAAGCUUUAUUGGAUAAUUGUAUCCCAUUGACAUCUAAUACUUGUAAACCAUUGACCAGUGAGAAUAGAAAACGAUUGGAAAAAAAAGUGUCUGUAUGGGAUUUCAGCCCGUUAAGUUUGUCAAAUGAUGAUUUAAUUCACUGUGCGGUCAUUAUGAUUUCCCAAGUAUUCUCAUUAUCCCAAGUAACUCGCUUUACUGAAGAUCAAUUAUACAGUUUUGUGAUUGAUCUAUCAAAUAUAUACAACGAUGAAAAUCCAUAUCAUAAUUUCGCUCAUGCAAUAGAUGUGCUUCAAUGCAUUUAUUUCUUUCUAUGUCAAAUGGGAUUACUACCUUUUGCGGAUGGCUCACCAUUACUAUCAAACCCAAAAUCCUAUCAUAUAUUGAGGCCAAGAGAUAUAUUUGCUUUAUUAAUUGCAGCUAUAGGUCACGAUAUAGCACAUCCAGGCGUGAACAAUGCAUUUCUUAUCAAUACUUCGGCUCCUCUCGCUUUAUUAUAUAACGACAAUUCCGUUUUAGAAAGCUUUCAUGCUAUGACAUUAUUCCAAUUGCUAAAAAAACAUCAGUUCGACAUCGUAUUGGCUGGCGAAUACAAUGAAUUUCGAAAGCUGGUUAUAACAACUAUUUUAGCAACAGAUAUGGCAUUGCAUAGUGAUUAUGUGCUUAAGAUCAAUGAACAGAAACUGCGUUUAGAAGAAAGUGACCCUAACGAUUGGGACGCAGCCAAAUGCUUAGAAGAAAGACUCUUAUUCUGUAGUGGUCUCAUCAAAUGUGCUGACAUUAGUAACGUUGCGAGACCGUUUGAUCGAGCAUUUGAGUGGGCCAAGGUAUUAAUUGAAGAAUUUGCCUCACAGGGUGAUCUGGAACGUGAACUAGGAAUGAAUGUAUUGCCUAUGAAUGAUCGAUCCAAGAUCGUGUUAGAAGAUUUUCAAAUUGGAUUUAUGAGAUUUGUUGCACUUGGUUUAUUUCAGAGCAUAAGUGAUUAUAUGCAAGAAUUGUCUUUUCCUGUAGAUCAUAUAAAAACGAAUUUAGCCAUUUGGGAAGAGAGGAAACGUGAAAAUCCCGUCAUUGAUAUUGCUCAAUCCACAACAACAACAGUAACCGAUGACCAUUGUAAACAUGCGGAAGACGAAGAUUAUCAUUCACAGGCUGUAAGCGCGCUCGGUAAAAACGUAGAUGAUUCUAGUUUUAAACUUCCAAAGAUGCCUGCUGUUGCCAUGACUAGUCUGACACAGAAUACCAAUAACAAUAUAUAUCCACACUCUAAAAACAGCAACCAACGAGAAUACGAUCAUGGAGAAUGGGAUCCGCAAGAAAGCUCUGGUCCUGUUUACUGCCAAUGUACCAUUCAAUAACUAAAAGUGUACUAUAAUCUAUACACCUAUAUACACACUCAAUUACACACACACACACACACACACAC